AUGACACGAUACAGUAUUUUCUUUUUUAAUUCUAUCGCGGAUUUAUUUCGAUCGUCAAAGAAUUGUUUAAACAACAAAUAAAAAAAACGUGGGUUCAGAGAUUGCCGAGGGAUCCGACGGCUCGUGUCUCAAGUCGAGCAGUCCAGAGUUGGACCGCACAUGUGAGAAGGAACCUCACCCUGAUGCUUGGCCAGGGACAAUAUUGCAUGUGAUGUGGAUGAAAAUCUCUGGCCAGACCGUGCCCAGAGACAUCAUUAGAACCCUUGAAACAAGGCGUCGUUCCAAAGUCUCCCAUUGCCACACUCCAAUAUGCGCGGCGCCACCAAGAAGAGCUUUGGACUCGUUUUGGCCAGUGGAUUGCUGCUGUGUGCCUUUUGGCACACUUGGAGACCUAGAUCAAGCUCAAGAGUGAGCAUAUGGCAGAAACAGGGGAGCGCCAUCAAGAAGCUUUUAGAGGAAAAAAGCCAAGACUCCUCGAAAGACUAUGGAGACAUUCCCUACCAUGUGAAAGAGGAAGUGGCACGUCGCUUGGACCAAAAUACCUGUGUGUGCGAGGCUGAUAAGGAAACUGUUCACCUUCCUUUUUCCCAUUUGCUGUUCCCACGUGUGUGGGCCCACGACCUCCAUCAAGCGCUGCUGGACAUUGAUCCUGAUCCAGACGGGACUGAAAGGCACAGGGCUCAGCAAUACAAUGACUUCCAAAUAAGGACCUACACUUCAGCAGACAUGCUCAUUGUAGCUGAGGCCAACAGUCCUCUUCAGUAUCCUACCCAGGGUGUGGAGGUGCGACCCCUCAAAACAGUCAUCAUUCCCGGGUUGGGUGUUAAAGAAAAGCCAAGAUCUAGACAUGUGGUGAACUUGACAGCCACACAGGGGACAUUUGAUGUGGCUGCCACUGUGGACAGGGUCUCUAUCACAGGAGCAGGAGAGAUGUCCAUGGCUUUAUCAAGUACCCAUCUCUCCAGCCUUAACAGGCAGCUGCAGUUUGUCACCUAUACAAACACUAUCUUCCAUCCCAGGACAGCAGACACAGUUCAGUUUGCAAGUGGAGAGCACCAGUCAUUUUUCACCAUUAAAGUUGGGCACAGGGCCAUCCCAAAACUUUACAAGUCUGGCUCAAGUGGAGAUUACAACAUUAGUGCCCUGGUCACCAUAGCCACCAAGACUUUCCUACGCUACGAUAAACUCCAAGAUCUCAUCGACAGCAUACGCCAGUAUUACCCAACUGUCACCAUAGUGAUAGCAGAUGACAACGAACAUCCCAAGCCAGUGACUGGGCCUCAUAUUGAACAUUACAUCAUGCCAUUUGGAAAGGGUUGGUUUGCUGGAAGGAACCUGGCUGUGUCCCAGGUAAGCACCAAGUAUGUACUGUGGGUCGAUGACGACUUCAUCUUUACCGCCAGUACUAAGCUGGAGAAGAUGGUGGACAUCUUGGAAAGAACGAGGCUGGAUCUGGUGGGCGGAGCAGUGAGAGAGGUGACAGGUUACUCUGCAACUUUCCGUCACACCAUUUCAGUGGAGGAGGGGGGUGAGGAGGGGGACUGUUUACACAUGAGACAAGACUACCACCAUGACAUUGAGGGCUUUCCAAACUGUGUUGUGGCCGAUGCGGUCAUAAACUUUUUUAUGGCGAGGACAGACAAAGUGCGUCAUGUGGGCUUUGACCCUCGCUUAGCACGCCGAGGUCAUCUGGAGUUCUUCAUUGAUGCCCUGGGCAUCAUGCACAUUGGUUCCUGCAGUGAUGUCAUCAUCGAUCAUGCAUCUAAGAUCAAACUACCGUGGGGUAAAACGGAGACAGAAAAAAACUACGAAAGAUUCCGUUAUUCCUCCUCCGGUCAGGAAAGGAACUUGCAUACUGAACUGUUUUACUUCAAAUACAGAUUCAAGUGCAUGACCAGCAACUAAAACCAGUACACCAGUCUCUUUCUUGUUCACAAGUGUCAUUCUGCAGAGACGAGACCUGAAAAUGGGCCUAAGUGUGUCAGUUUGUGACAGGGUUGAGGAAUCCAACGCCCACAAAGGAAGACGUACUUUCAGCCCACAAAGGACUCUAUGUUUGUGGCUUAGAUACACAAAAGGCCGUUGCUCGUUGUGUGAGUAGAUCACUGCAGCGUAGUUGUGGGAGGAACUGAGAAAUAUCUCUGACUGAAAACGUCGGACCUCCAACGAUUUGCCACCACAGCAAUUUGAUUUUUACUUUGGGAUGAUAUGCAAAAGAUCUACAAGACCAGCAAUGCUAUCACUCAGUUUUCACAACUGAGAGUCUUUGUGCAUCUUUUUGUUCAUAAGAAAUAAACCUUUAUUUGAGCUUUAUUAUUAAAAAUUGCACUCCAAGAGACAUUUCUGAAUACUUGAAAAAAAAUACAUGCUUGUUCAGCAUUAUAAGAAUGUUGUCUGGGUAUUUUUUAUACGUUAAAUAAAUGUGU